ACUGUCGUCUCCAACAAGUCUGAGUCCAAGCAAACCACUUUAUAAUACUUCCCUUGUUCAAAAACAAAUCAAAAUUUUCAUUAAAUUCCUCUCUCGUUUUUAAUUCCAUUCAGUUCAAUCUAUAUAAUUAAAUUUUAAUUUAAAAUAUGGCUACACCGAUGGCGGAGGACGCUAACAUGGAGGACGAUCAGUUAGCGGGGAUGACGACGGACGACAUCGUCAGAGCGUCGCGUCUUCUCGAUAACGAGAUUCGCAUUCUUAAGGAAGAGUUGCAGAGGACGAAUUUGGAGUUGGAUUCGUAUAAGGAGAAGAUUAAAGAGAAUCAAGAAAAGAUUAAGCUUAAUAAGCAAUUACCGUAUCUUGUUGGUAACAUUGUCGAGAUUUUGGAGAUGAAUCCUGAAGAUGAAGCGGAGGAAGAUGGUGCUAAUAUUGACCUUGAUUCUCAAAGGAAGGGUAAAUGUGUUGUGCUGAAAACAUCUACUCGUCAGACAAUAUUUCUUCCAGUUGUUGGUCUUGUUGAUCCUGACAAGUUGAAGCCUGGUGACUUGGUUGGAGUCAACAAAGAUAGCUAUCUUAUUUUGGAUACUCUUCCAUCUGAGUAUGACUCAAGAGUGAAGGCUAUGGAGGUUGAUGAAAAACCCACAGAAGACUACAAUGAUAUUGGGGGUUUGGAGAAACAGAUCCAAGAACUAGUUGAGGCAAUUGUGUUGCCCAUGACUCACAAGGAGAGGUUUCAAAAGUUAGGUGUUCGUCCUCCUAAAGGUGUACUCUUGUAUGGGCCUCCCGGAACUGGGAAGACAUUGAUGGCCCGUGCUUGUGCCGCACAGACUAAUGCUACUUUUUUAAAGUUAGCCGGUCCACAACUUGUACAGAUGUUCAUUGGUGAUGGUGCCAAACUUGUCCGUGAUGCAUUUCAACUUGCAAAAGAGAAAUCGCCCUGCAUCAUUUUCAUAGAUGAAAUUGAUGCUAUUGGCACAAAGAGAUUUGACAGUGAAGUGAGUGGAGAUAGGGAAGUACAGAGGACCAUGUUGGAGUUGCUUAAUCAGCUUGAUGGUUUUAGCAGCGAUGAUAGGAUUAAGGUCAUUGCAGCAACAAACCGUGCUGAUAUCUUGGAUCCUGCCCUCAUGCGUUCUGGUCGAUUGGAUCGCAAAAUUGAGUUCCCUCACCCAACUGAAGAAGCAAGAGCUCGCAUUUUGCAGAUCCACUCAAGGAAGAUGAAUGUUCAUUGUGAUGUGAAUUUUGAAGAAUUGGCUCGGUCCACUGAUGAUUUCAAUGGGGCUCAAUUGAAAGCUGUUUGUGUAGAGGCUGGGAUGCUUGCUCUUCGCCGAGAUGCAACUGAGGUGAAUCAUGAGGAUUUCAACGAGGGUAUAAUUCAAGUUCAAGCAAAGAAGAAAUCAAGCUUAAACUAUUACGCAUAAAUUCAAACAUUCAAGGGUAAAGCAAACUUCAAGUGUAGAAUUUCGUUUCACGUGAGAACUGCACAUUUCCAUGUAUCUUUUGCUGGACCUUGAGUUGUAUUGUUAAUUGAUAUAUUAUGGAAGUGUUUUUUUCAUUUGGAAAUCAACAGAUAGAUAAAUAUUUAUGUUA